AUGUUGUACAGAUCAUACAUUCGUGCGGACGAGCUAACUGUUCUUGACUACAAGGAAACAAAGUUGUUCUAUCUCCAGUACAUGCCCCAAGGCCUUCUCACUAUGGAAACUGACUUGUCACUGCAGUACAUCACUGACUGGAUAAGUAUAGCAUUUAUAAUGCGCAAUGAAAUGGAACGACGACGGAAUGGCGUGCGAUCUUUUGGUAAAGGGAAGCCCGUGACAGCCACCGAUUUAUGUAUUGCACCACUUCAUGCCACUCACCGCAAAUCACACGCCAAAGAGCAGUUGAGAAAUAUAAAAAUUUGGCCACAAAUGGUUGCUGAAAUGGCAUCGGACAUUGUGAAAUCAGUAGAACAUCGUCUCCUUUUCGUAGAAAAUUUGAUCCGUUUCGGGGGUGCAUCAAAAGUUGUUAAGGAGUUUAUCGAAGAAAAUAAAGAAUGGAUUGAUGAACGACUGAAGUUGAACAACAUUAACAAGCGAAUCACUCUUGGGAAAAACCAUAUAGAGUUCGUCAGCAUUUCUGUGUUUUUUACACACGAACCGUGA